CAAUAGCCAUCCUCUCGCCCUGGCUCUCCCACAGAUCAUUCGGCUUGCUGCGCUAUUCCUGAGUACGCUCGCUCUGUAUAACCAGCUGGUCUGUGGCUCUUUUCAGCCCUCUGUCUCAUGGGCUGGGACGUUUGCGCUCUCGGUAACGCAUCAUGCAGGCACUCUCAUCAUCUCUGCAUCGGGGGGGAGUGAUUGUCUGAGCACCGAGCAGUCCUGUUAUUGAUUUAAACCGUAGCCUCAGUCUCUGCCGGCGUGGCUGGUGAUGUCCUUCUGGGUCGUUGCAUUUAAUUGGAUUCUCUGAGCUGCCAGGCAAAGGGGGAGAGUUGGAAUAAAAUCCGACGACGAUGUUCACUUCAAAAUCCAACUCUGUCUCCCCUUCCCCAUCCAUGGAACAGGCAGACUCGGAUGCCUUGGAUAUUAGCACCAAAGUGCAGCUGUAUGGAGUGCUCUGGAAGAGACCCUUUGGGAGGCAGUCUGCCAAAUGGUCCAGGAGGUUCUUCAUCAUCAAGGAGAGUUUUCUGCUGUACUAUUCUGAGAGUGAGAAGAAGAACUUUGAAAGCAAUAAGUACUUCAAUAUCCACCCCAAGGGUGUCAUACCUCUGGGGGGCUGCAUUGUGGAAGCCAAAGAAGAACCCAACAUGCCUUUUGCCAUGAAGAUCUCCCAUGAGGACUUCCAUGGUAACGUUGUGCUGGCAGCAGAGUCUGAAUUUGAGCAGGCUCAGUGGCUGGAGAUGCUGCAGGAGUCUGGAAAAGUGACCUGGAGGAAUGCUCAACUGGGAGAAGCCAUGAUUGAGAGCCUGGAAGCUCAGGGGCUCCAGCUGGCCAAGGAGAAGCAGGAAUAUUUAGGGCCUCGGGAACAUCAACAUCCCAUCGCAUUAUCGAUUGCUUUCCUGCCUGCGUUUGGCCUGUGUUUGUGUGUGUUUGCAGAUAAACUGAUGGAAGAGACAGAGGAGCUGUGCCUGCAGAGGGAGCAAAAGGAGGAGCUGGAGCGUCUUAACCAGGUGCUAGAGGCAGAGAAACAGCAGUUUGAAGAAGUGGUGCAGGAGCUACGGCUGGAACAAGAGCAGAUCAAACGGGAGCUGGAACUGACAGCCCAGUCCCUCAAAGGAGUGGAGGAAGAAAAGAAGGAGCUGCAAAGCCUGACAAAGUCCUUACAAAAAACACUGGAGGAGCUCUCAGAGGAAAAGCAGAGAACUCUGGAGAUGCUGGAGGAGAAUGAGAGCCAGCUUCAGCCCCUGGCCAAUGCUAGCAAGCAGCCAAACCCCAGCGGGGGUCUGCACAGCAACCUGCAGCAGAUUGAGGAGAAGAUGCACCAGCUGCUGGAGGAGAAAGUCUUGGCAGAGAGAAGGAUGAAGGAGAAUGAGGAGCGCUCCCGAGCCUUGGAGGAGGAGCGGGAAUUCUACUCUUCUCAGUCGCAGGCGCUGCAGAACUCACUCUCAGAGCUGACUGCAGAGAAACAGCAGACAGAGAGAGACCUCAAGGCUGAGAUGAAGGUGCGUAUGGAUCUGGAGAAAAGACUGAGGGAGGCUGAGGAAGCGCUACAGAGCUUGGAGCAAGGCUUAAAUUCUCUGGAUCGCAACCAAGAGAAGGAGGAGAAAAUGAAAACCGAUGUCAGCAAUUUGAAAAAGUUCUUUGAGGAGUGCAUCCGGACUGCUGAGCUGGAAGCCAAGAUGCCUGUGAUCAUGAAGAACUCUGUGUACCUCCACAAGGCUGCCACCCGCCGGAUAAAGAGCUGCCGGCUUCACCGUAGGAGGUCCAGCGCUUCAUGGAAUGACUUGAAACAGUCCCAGUCGUUCAUCUUCUCCCAGACAGAAGAUGACAACAUUGAGGAGCUGAAGGAGGCAGCCAAGAGGCUGAGCCGGGACCAGCACUUUCGGGAAACCCUCUAUCAAAUCAUGAUGUCACAAAAAAAAUCCACAUCUGGGGAUGAAAAGUGAAUCCUGAUCCUUCCCAUCAUGAAGGGGCUUCAGAUCUCCAGCUCAUCAGAAGUUAACCCCCUGGGGGAUUUGUUCCUGUGAGGGAAAAGGAUGGAUGCAUGCAACAACUGCCCUCCCCUCCAGGGGUGUGGCUUUUAGCUUGCAUUUCUG